UUUCUAAGAACAAGAAAAAAGUUUCACAUCACUAACAAAACUGACCACCCACAUAAAUUAUUCACGUUAGCAUUCUGAAAUAUUGUAAACGUACAAACACUCUUACUGUUAGCCGUCUCUCAGUGCCGCUGGUCAGUGCAAAGAUCGUCAGCAGAAUGGCCGGCAAGACUGUUCUAUACUCUUACUGGAGGAGCUCAUGUGCUUGGAGAGUGCGCAUAGCUCUGGCCUUGAAAGGAGUGGACUACGAGUACAUGGCAGUGAACCUGAUCAAGGAUGGAGGAGAACAGUUGAAGGAAGAUUAUAAGGAAAAGAACCCAAUGUCCCAGGUUCCAGCAAUUUUCAUUGAUGGAAUUACACUCAGCCAGUCUGUAAGUCACAUUUGCUUCCUAUUAAUUGAAUACUUGGAAGAGACACGUCCAGAUCCCCCGCUUUUGCCAAAGGAUCCCAAAGAAAGAGCAAAGGUUCGUAUGUUGGCAGAGGUGAUAAAUUCUGGCAUCCAGCCUCUUCAGAACUUGAAGGUACUAAAAGCUCUCGGUGAAAAGAAAGAAGAGUGGGCACGCACUGUGAUAUCAGAUGGAUUUUCAGCUCUGGAGAAGAUGCUGCAAGGCACAGCAGGUCGCUAUUGUGUUGGCAAUGAAGUGACAGUUGCAGACAUAUUUCUUGUCCCACAAGUUUAUAAUGCAAACAGAUUUGGUGUGGACAUUAGCAAGUACCCAACAAUCAAUAAAAUCAAGGAUGCCUUAGUGGCUUUGCCAGCCUUUGUUGCUGCUGAUGCAGCAAGGCAGCCUGACACUCCAGAAGAUCAGCGAGCAAAAUAAAUAUUUCACAAAUGAGUGACCCCCAUAUAACAGUUCCUUAUCUUUUCAAAUUCCUUUUUUUUUUUUUUUGCCGAGGGCUAUUAGGGUUUUCCACCAAACUUAAAUCUUAUUUGAUCGUAGAAUCCACUUUAACAAUUACUGCAGCUUAAUUUGAAGCAUUCUUCUUCCCUCCAUUAGCUGUUUGCUUCCAGUUCAAACUGGAAUUAUCUUUAAAUU